AUGUCCAUUGCGGCCCCGAAGACCAAUGAGAUCGAGAAUUCAAGCUUUUUGUAUCACCAGCAUCCUCAAUUUGCAGCUGGUGUGGACAACCUUUCUUUGCUGUUGGGAGAACCAACGUCUCUCUUCAGUCGAACUGAUGAUGGAACCUGGCAACCAAUGGAAACAGUCUCACCGAAGCCUUUUGCUUUCCAACAUCCAGUUGAUCUUUGCUGGGUGUACCCGACCAAUGACAGCACACAGUGGUUGGGGACAGAAGACCAUACUUGGCAUCGAGCUCCAAAAUCCUUGCCCCGGAAGGUGAAGACCUUCAUCCAUCAAGUGGUGGCUGAGAAGCAUGGCAAGCUUGUGGACAUUAUGGAGAUCUACAGCCCACCGCGUGUGACAAAGGAGGCCAGAAAACAGAAUGCCCAAGGGCGACAACCACAACUACGCCUUGGUCAAGCUCUGGACCUUCGCACAGGAUGGGACUUCACGAAGAGAGCUCAUCGCCGAGAAGCGAUCAAACUUGCGAAAAAGUUCAAGCCAGCGCUACUUGUCCUUUCACCACCGUGCACGACUUUUUCCACACUACGUCGCCUCAGUGACUACAAGAGGGACUUUGACACGGUGGAGCAAGAACGCCGAGAAGGUUUGAUGCACUGGCACUUCUGUCUCUAUUUGGCGCGACUUCAACAUGAUGCAAGACGAGGUUUUCUUCUAGAACAUCCUCGCUAUGCUGAGAGCUGGAAGGAUGAGGCCGUGGAACACCUCAUGCUCCUGCCCGGAGUCUUCCACAUCUACGUGGACAUGUGCGCCUUCCAACUCUACACUGUACACAGAUGGUGGACGAGCCAAGAAGCCAACAGCUUUGCUGACCAACAUUUGGCCCUUGGCCGUGGAAUUGACUAUGUGCAUGUCUCACAAGCCCCAAUGAAUCUUCCUGAUGAGCUACAGUCCAAGGCCAACUACUAUGCCAAGUCAAUGGCUCAACCAGUGGCCGACUACAUCCAGGAAGAACCCAGCUUCCAGUACGACCUCUACUUUGUGGACUACCACUUCACCGCCUUUCCAGCGAAGCAUGAAAUUCGGCCUUUGGCAGAAUCAGGGGAGGUGCAAGAGCUAGCUCAGGACUUGUCUCAGACGAGGUCGACAUCGUCUUUGGCCCCGGAUCUGAGGCGAGAGGUCUCGCGACUUCAUCGGAAUCUUGGGCAUCCAGCUCAAGAUAGCUUUUUCAGGGCGCUCAAACACGCCAACGUGAAGCCGGAGGUGCUCGACUAUGUCAAGAGGCACUUCACUUGUCCCAUUUGCUUGCAACACCAGAAGCCGAAGACACCACGUCCUGGACAUUUGGCUCAUGCACUACGGUUCAACGAGAUUGUGGGAGUGGACGUGCUGUUUGUCGAGUUUGGCGGCAAUUUGCACGCCUUCCUCAACAUGGUCUGCUGGGGAACUGGACUCCAAAAUGUGACAUAUCUUCCUCAGAAGUCAGCAGCUCACACCAUGCUGGCCCUGACCGAUUCAUUGCUGAUGCCGUACGGCCCUCCUACUUUGAUCAUAGCAGAUCAGGGAACCGAAUUCACUGGACGGGAGUUUGGCGACAAGCUCAACCAAAUGGGCAUCAUGGUGCACUACAUCGACACUCAUGCUCCUUGGCAAGCAGGGUUCACGCCCUAUCAGAGAGCUUUUGGCUACAGCCCUCGACUGCCAGCAUCUUUGCUUUCAGAUGAUCUCCUGGGCCCGCUCUUGGUUUCAGCCUCAGCGACUGAUGACGUCCAACGAAGCUGGCAAAUCAGAGACAUGGCCAGUCAGGCCUGGAUGCGUUCCUUGGACGAGGAUUCAGUCAAGAGAGCCUUGAAGACGCCCACCAGAACAGCAGAUCAAUCCACAUUGGUUGCAGGAGAUUGGUGCUACGUUUGGCGUUCCACCAGAUGGAGUGGCCCUGGUGUCAUCGUGGCCGUGAGCCCAAACCAGAGGACCACGUGGAUCAGUCUUCGAGGAGCUCUUCUCAAAGUUUCAAGAGAACAUGUUCGACCAACAACCACGGAGGAGGAUCUUGGUCGAGCACUUUGCAAGGAGCUCAGUCUUGAAAUGUUGAAAGACAUCAAGCACGGCCGCUUGUCCCGCUACCACGACCUAUUCCUGGAUGCGAGAAUCAAAGAGGUCCAGUCCUUGAUUGACAACAAGGCCAUCAAGAUCCUGUCGCCAGAAGAAUCUCGCGCUUUUCGACGAGAUCAUCCAGUUGUGUACUGCCAAGUGCUUGUGCAGGAGUGUGGCUAUCGCAUCAACAGCUACGACCGAUGUGUCUUCACAGUCCUCUUCGAGCUCUACUCCGAGCAUGAGAGAAAAGAGACCUGUUGGGACCAGUUUGGCAAAGCAGUGAACUUGCAGGAGGAGAAGACCGGAACGGGAUACGCUGGACGACGCUUGCGACAGCUCCCGGACUACUCCUUCGAGCUCACCAUGGCGGACUACAUCAAGAACCGCUUGAAGCCUGUUGAGUUCAAGCGCAAGUUCCUGGUCAAGAACUCCAAGAGCAUCAAGCUGACGGAAGACGAAGAAUCCGCUCUUCGAGGCACGGUGAACAAAGUUGUGGCUCGGUUGAAAGCUGUGGACGUCACGAUUCGCAUACACCCCAUCAAGGAGAAUGACAUCCGGCAUGUCUUGAUCAGUGACAGCAGCUUCGAUCCGAAAGGAUUCACCAAACCACAGCAUGGAAGGCUGCAGGGCAUUUCAACGCCUCAGCUCAACAAAGGCGAGUUGGCUCCCAUAAGCCUCAUAGCCUGGAAGAGUCGACGGCUUCGCAGGAAGGCUGGAAGCAGCAAUCUUUGCGAGAGCGUCUCACUGGCCACAGCCUUUGGUGGAUUGGAAAAGCAGAUAGCAACCCUCAACAGCUUUCUGAAGUCCCGCUACGAUGUGAG